ACCUGAAAGAAGGCAGAGGCGUCUGAUUUUUGCAUAUCAACAAUUAAGGAAAAAAUCAGCCAUUGUUAGAUUUUCAGAUUCUCAAUUAAAUCCUAGUGAUACUCUGUGUAUCCCCACAUGGCCACUUUUAUCCUUUUUCCUUCUUUUUGUUUUUGUUUUUGUUGUGGAGUAUCCUUUUUCCAGUUGCUGCUGCUGCUUUUUAUAAGUAGAUUGAAAUUGCAGCAUGGGAAGGAGAAUUAGCAGAAAUACCAUUCUUAAUCUCUUGAAAUAUCUGCGUUCAGCAGCAUCUUAAGAUCUCUUUUUUCCUGCCUCAAAUUAACACAAGCUUCUCACACUGGCUGUUGUGUAUGCAGGAAAAGAAGUUUGUGGGUUCUGAAUAAACCAAGAAGGGAAACAAUGUUGAAGAACACAAAGGCAGCAACCAAGAUAACCGCGCUUGUUGUAGACGAUAGCAUGAUCAACCAAAGAAUUCACCACAAACUGUUGGAAAAUCUUGGCAUAGAAAACCAAGUUGUGGGGAAUGGGAAAGAAGCCGUUGAUGUCCACUGCUCUGGAAAACACUUUGACCUUAUUCUCAUGGACAUGGACAUGCCUAUCAUGAAUGGCAUUGAGGCAACAAGAACACUGCGGGCAAUGGGAAUUCAGAGCACAAUCGCAGGCGUUUCGUCACACUCAUCCCUCAGUGAAGACACACAAGAAUUUAUAGAGGCAGGCUUAGAUGACUACCAAGAGAAACCAUUAACCCCUGAUAAGCUAGUUGCCAUCCUCCAUAAGGUUAAUCUCCAUGUCUGAAUUUCAUGGAUUAGUAUUAAGACUCAAAACAGAAAGGUCAGGUUAUCCAUGUAAUGUAACCCUCUGACCAUCAAGUAGCUCUUGAGAUGUUGUGGUGGGUGUGAUUAAUUAACAAUUCAAAGCUCCCAUAAAAAAAUUCAUGUAAUCAAUAUGGAUGUUGUUCCUUUUGGUGUGUUGGUGGAAUGGUUUGGCUCCUAAUUA